AUGGCUUGCUGUAAGUCUGGUAUUUUGUUUGGAUCUCCAGAAGAAGCCAUGAAGGCUCCAAGAGAAAAGGUAUUGAUGGUUAUAGCUAUCAAUACCUCUGAAGACAAGAAGCCAGACGCGUUGAUUACUGUUGAUGUUGAUCCGGACAGUCAACGGUAUGGAGAGGUAUGGUCGAUUAAUAUAAUAUAAUAGCUUACUUUUUACAAUUUAAGAUAGGCUAGGGUAUGGUGAUGUAGGUGGGACAAGGUAGGUUAGGGUAGGUAUUUGAAAAAGAGCAGGUAGGAACGGGAAGGGUACUGUAGGUAAUGGUAGAGCAAGUUAACAGAUUUUAUAAAGUAUGAUAGGGCUCAUGUAAGGCAAGGCCAGGGUAGGGUAAAGUAGCGCAGGAUAAGGCUAUGUAAAGUAUGGUAGGGUGGGGCAGGAUAAAUAGUUGAAAAACAGAAGAUAGUAGCGGGAAGGGUACUGUAGGUAAGAGUGUAGCAGGUUAAGGAAGUUGACUAUGGUAGUACUUGAACAGAGCAGGCUACAGCAAGGCAGGGCAUGGCAAAACAGGGCAGGAUAAUGUAAGGCAAUGAAGAACAUGGUAGGGUAGGGUAGGGUAGGGUAGGGUAGGGUAGGGUAGGGUAGGGUAGGGUAGGGUAGGGUAGGGCAGGGUAGGGUAGGGUAGGGUCGGGCAGGGUAGGGUAGGGUAGGGUAUGGCUAUUUCUUAAUAUUUUUCCUAAACUUACAGUAGUUUUUACAGGUUUUAUGCAAGCUACCAAUGCCUAACAUAGGUGAUGAGCUACAUCAUUCUGGAUGGAACGCUUGUGCUGGUUGUAAGGACGAUGAGACUGCUUGUAGAUCACAUUUGGUACUGCCGUGUCUACACUCAAAUCGAAUUUAUGUUAUUGACACAGCUGAUGUUACUGAUCUGAAAGUUCAUAAGGUUGGUUUUUGCUUUACCUGUUUAUCUAAGGCUUUAAGGCUAAAGCUAAGGCUCUGGGCUAGCGCUAAGGCUUUUGAAUUUAGUAUAGUAAUGUAAAAUACGUGAUUUUUAAUGUUGAUAUUUAUUAUUAAUAAUUUAGGUAAUAGAAGCUGAAGAGUUUAAAAAGUACAAUGUAUCAGCGUUCCACACACCUCAUUGUACUCCAGAAGGCGAAGUUCUAAUAGGCUGUAUUGGUGACAAUGAUGGCAAUAAUCAAGGUAACAACAUAAAAAUUUUUGUAAACAAACUUUUUGCAAUUAAAAAACUUUUUUGGAAAGAAAGUUCUUGCCAUUUUAUGUUUUGUAAAGAAAGUUCUUGCCAUUUUAUGUUUUGUAAAGAAAGUUCUUGUCAUUUUUUUUGUAAAAAAAGUUUCUGCGUAUCUUUUCAAUUUGUUAAAAUUUUUUUUUAAUUUUAAAAAAGUAAAUUCGAAAAGCUCUAGCGUAGCCUAAUAUUAUACUUUAGGUAACCUAAUAAGACUGGACAGCAAAACCUUUGAAGUGAAAGGUACCUGGCCCACGACUGAAAUGCUUCCUGAGUUUCAUUAUGAUUUCUGGUACCAGCCUCGUCAUAACGUGUUGUUAUCGACCGAAUGGACUGCUCCCAACACUUUCAAAAAGGGGUUUAGUGCUGUGGACUUAUUGGAAGGUAAGGGGAUUUAAAACGAUAUUUUUUCAACAUUUUUAAGGCCCGACUUAAAUGUUGGUCAAGGCUAGUCCGGUCCGUUUUUUAUGACUAGCUAAGGUUAGGGCUCUGGGCUAGGGCGCUGGGCCAGGGCUCUGGGCUAGGGCUCUGGGCUAGGACUCUGGACUAGGGCUCUGGGCUAGGGCUCUGGGCUAGGGCUCUGGACUAGGGCUCUGGGCUAGGGCUUUGGGCUAGGGCUCUGGACUAGGGCUAGUGCUAUAGAACUUGAGCCGUAUAAACGUAUAUUGUUGUAGGCAAGUACGGCCGACACAUUCACUUAUGGGACUACAGUAAGAGACAAAUCAUGCAGUCUAUUCAACUGGACAUUAUUACUGGUCAAAUACCAUUCGAAGUGAGGUUCAAACACAAUCCAAAUGAGCCUCACGCGUUCUUGUGUACUGCUUUGGGGUCAUCUCUUAUCCAUGUUUAUAAGAAGAAUGUAAGUUAUAAAUUGUAAAGAAAGUUCUUGCCAUUUUUUGUUUUGUAAAUAAAGUUCUUGCCAUUUUUUAGUUUGUAGUAAAGAAAGUUCUUGCCAUUUUACGUUUUAUAUAGAAAGUUCUUGCUAUUUUUGGGUUUGUAAAGAAAUUUCUUGCCAUUUUAAACUCUGUAAACAAAGUUCUUACUAUUUUAUGUUUUGUAAAGAAAGUUCUUGCCACUUCAGAUGCAAGAUCCCUGGCUGCACGAAGUGUCAAUCACAAUACCGCCAAAAGUCGUUGCCAGCUGGACCAUGCCAACAUUACCAGCCCUUUUAACUGAUAUUAUCAUAUCAAUGGAUGACAAGUACUUGUAUGCAUCAUGCUGGUUAUUUGGAGAAGUACGACAGUAUAAUAUAGAGGAUCCAUUUAACAUUCGAAUGACUGGUAGAAUUAGUACUGGAGGUCUGAUUAGUAAAGAUAAAGGGCUUAAUGUACUUGUGGACCCUGAAGGUCAUGUGAGUUAUUUUACUUUGGCAGUAACUUUUAAGGGUUGGAAAGAAAGUUCUUGCCAUUUUUCGUUUUGUAAAGAAAGUUCUUGCCAUUUUUUGUUAUGUAAAGAAAGUUCUUGCCAUUUCUUUGUUUGUAAGGAAAGUUCUUGCCGUUCUAGGAAAGAGUAGAAACCUUAAAGAUAAAUGGAGUCACAUUCCAAGGCGGUCCACAAAUGCUACAACUCAGUCUAGAUGGCAAACGGCUUUACAUUUGCAAUUCAUUGUAUUCCGUUUGGGACAAGCAGUUUUAUCCUGAUAUGGCAAAGUAAGUAAAAAGUCAAAAUAUUUUAGUACGGAGCCCUAGCCUCGAGCCCUAGUCCAGAGCCCUAGCUCACAGUUCUAGCCUAGAGUUUUAGCCCAGAACUAGAGCUCAGCACCUUAGCCUAGAAUUCUAGUCUAGAGGCCUAGCCCAGAGCCCGCACUAGCCUUAUUCAUAGCUUCAGGCUUAUUUUUAACUCUAGUCUAGGGCCUAGAUUUGGAUCUAACUUUGGGCAUUUCCUUAUGCUUAGCCUUAAGCCUUGCUAUCGGCUCAGCUAUGCGCCUGGUUUGAGGAGCUAUUCUUGACUGGUCUUAAUCAUAUUUUAGGGUUAGUCUUAUAUACCUUACACUUUUCUAUCUUACUAAUAUUACAUUGCUUUAGCCUUCGUUAACCUACCGUACCGUGCCAUAGUGUACUUUAUUUUAGGAAUGGUGGUCAAAUGAUCAAAGCAGAUAUUGACACAGAGAAUGGUGGCAUGAAAAUCGACCCAAAUUUCAUAAUUGACUUUGGGGCAAUUAAGGAUGGACCUUAUGCUCCACAUGACAUGCGCUACCCUGGAGGCGAUUGCACUUCCGACAUUUUUGUCUAA